UACAGUUGCCAGUCGAAAUAUAGAGCUCGCGCAGUAAACACUAUUGUCUAUACUUACUUCUUAGUAUAUCUGUAUCAUAGUAUCUGUUAACUAAAUGUAACGGGCUCUGUUCAACGUUCAAAACGUGUAUGAAAGAGGCAGUAACUUAAUUGUGGUUUUAGACAAAACGAUCUGUACGUCGUAUUAUAUUCGAGAAAAUGUGACAUAGCUAAUCAGUUUAUUAGUUAGAUUAAGACACGUGAAACAUAAUUGUCACGUCGAUUUUGAAGAGAAAACUAAUUUUAAUAACAAUGGAGGAAAUUCAUUAUGAUCUUAUCAAUCUAAAACGACAACCACAAUAUAUUACGUGGCACGAUGUGGCUUGUACUUACACAAUGGCUAUAAAGUUUUCUUCUAACAAUUCAGGGAAAGGAUUAGAAGAGCAGUUAUUAGAUAUAUUUGAUACUUUUAUUAAAGCAGAUCAUGCUGCUACAGAUUCUAUGAAAAUAAGUGCUUCGAGUGAUGUAACGACUUUAGAAUCUGUCAGUGAAUUCUUCAAACCAGUUUCUGAAUACACAUAUAAUGAAUUUAUAGAUUUCAUAAGUACCAUUAGAAAAAAGUAUCCAAAUUUCUUCUUGAUGGACGGAAUUAAAAUUUCAGUAACUUGCAUAUUUGGACGAGAAAUUGAAAAACCUGAUAUUGUUGAAGUUGCAAGGAAAAUGAUAUACUCCUGUGAUGUGUGUGGAACGAAGAUAGUAUAUCCAUCCUCUUACGAAAGCCAUUUGUGCUAUAUGCCUACUGUUGAUGAUAAAAAGAGUAACUGUUAUGUAUUCUACGAUUUCCUAUCUAUGCAAGAAAGCGUUAAUAAAUUGGGGGAAAAAAAUUAUAGAACCCAUAAAGUUAAUGUAUGCGUGGCUCAUCAGGUUUGCGAUGAAUGUAACAAACUUCGUAUAUCAGAUAUUCCGAAAAUAUGCGAAUCUUGUCAUGGAGGAGAUUUACAAAUAUUUAAAAAUCACGCAAUUGAAGCCUUCAUAGAUUUUCUUUUAAAAAUAAAACUAUCGAAUAAUAUGAAUACGAUCACAUGCAUUGCCCAUAAGUCGCAGGAGUUUCAUGCGCAAUUUAUUUUCAAGCAUUUGAUUGACAAAGGAUGCUUUCCAAAAUUUAUCGCUUUUAAUGAUACAAAAAUUAUGUACAUAGAAUUGUCUAAGGGCCAUCAAAUCAGAUUCAUAGACAGCUUCAACUAUAUCAAUCAUAAUCUUUCAGAUUUUCCAAAGACUUUCGGAUUUCAAGAUGUUAUUAAAAAGUGGAGAUUUCCUCACUUAUUCAACAGCUCUGAAAAUCAAAACUAUCAUGGGGCGAUUCCUGACGUGAGAUUUUAUUCCCCUGAAAUAAUGUCAAAUAAGAAGCGAGACAAAUUUAUAGCCUGGCAUACACGAUUAUAUCGAACCAAUUAUCGAUUCGAUUUUCAAGAAGAAAUCGUUGAAUAUUGCAAGAACAACGUAGAAAUAUUAAGACGCGGGUGUUACGAAUUUAGACAAAAAUUUAUCGAAUUAACAACAGUAGAUCCUUUUAUCGGAAAAGGCAUCAUUACAAUUGCCGGCGCUUGUCAUGAAUUUUACAGAAAGAAAAUUUUGCAGCACUGUCUCAAUGUCCUAUGGGGAAAAUUCGGCCAAAAAGUUCGAGAUACUACUAAUUUUGGCAAUAGCGGAAAUGAACUGAUUGAAAUCGCUACAAGCCAAUAUCGAGAGUUGACAAACGUGGUUGCGCUCAACGACUAUGAUUACUAUUACCAAUGGCGUUACAAAGAAAAAUACCGUAAGCCUUCGGAAAAGACAAGUGUACCGAUAGCUGUAUAUACAACUGCUUAUGGUCGCUUGGAAUUGUAUAAAUAUUUGGAAAAAUUAGGCGAACGAGUAUUGUAUUGCGACACCGAUUCGGUAUUCUAUGUGCAACCAACAAAUGAGGAAGAAAUCAUCAAAACUGGAAAGUUUUUAGGCGAGAUGAUUAAUGAAUUGAAUCGGUACGGCAAAGGUAGCUACAUUAGAGAAUUUGUAUCCAGUGGUCCUAAGUUUUAUUCUUACAUCGUUGUAAAGCCCGAUAAAUCUGAAGAAACCGUAACAAAAGUUGGAUCCGUAAAGCUGAACUCCUACAAUAAUGAUAUUUUUAGUCACGAAAACAUGAAAAAACUAGCCCAAGGUUUACUGAAUAGUAUUGAAUAUGAGUCUAAAGAAACUUACCCUACGGAGAAGCACGAUGUUAUUUCAAGAAUCGUUCCAAAAAGAGUGGUGAAGCAGUCUUCCAAACGUUUUCAUGCCGAUAUAGACAAAUCAUAUCCGCUCGGUUAUAAGCUUUCUUUGUUGAGUAUAUUUAAAGAAUAUUGUUUUGUUUAAAAGUUAAUGUUUUAUUUGAAUAUUAAAAAUAUAAUUAUGCUCGUUUCAAUGUUUGAGAUGUUGAUGUUUUGGUCAAAUACUGUACAAUUAAUACGAAUAAAAUAACUUAAUCCUAAUAAUAUGA